AUGUUGGACGGUAGGGAAGAAUUUAUGGGUAUGUACAUACAAACGCCCCAGUCCCUCGUGAAGCAACAGGACACCAGACAACCCAUCAACAACAACAACGCCAGCUACGCCAAUCGGAACGACAACAGCAACGGCUACAAUAGUCUAGCAACUGCAAUACCAAACUCCCAGCGAACCGACGGUGGAUGGGACCAUUUUGCUUACUGCACAAAAAAUACUGCUUCCAAGGAUGGAUUCCUUGAACAGCAGCAGGGGAAAGAGAAGAAUGUCGCCCUACACCUCGCUCAGCCCAAAGAGGAAGCGAUAUCGAACGCUGCUCCGUUUGGAAUCAAAGAACGUGAGACGAACUUCAAACAAAUCAUGGAAGAACCGGUGCAGCAAUGUCUUGUCGCAGCGAAGCCUGCGGUCGUUGCUUUCGAAGAGCUAGAAGGACCUCAGGCCAAAAAUCACCGGCGCCCGAUGAAUGCGUUUCUGAUGUUCUGCAAGCGGCACCGAGCCGUGGUGAGCCUGCACUACCCGCACAAGGAGAACCGAUUUAUCACCAAAGUGCUUGGGGACUGGUGGAAGCAGCUCACUGAGGAAGAUAAGCAACCGUACGAGGACCUUGCGAAGGAGCACAAGACCAAGUUCAUAUCCGCUAACCCGGGCUUUCGGUGGUGCAAGCAGGAAAAAAUGGACGCUCCAGCAUAUCAUGUACAAAACAGCGUCGAGUUGACUUCUUCGUCGGCGACAGUGAAGACCGAAGUACCUGAUUUUCUGCGCGAACAGCACGAGAGCAGCAUGGAGGCUGCUGAAUCGCUAGUGAAAAUGGCACAAGGCGUUGGACUUCCACCAAUGACCACAUUUAAGUUAGCUGACGAAACGCAGAUGGGAAGUCUGAGCGCGCUAUACACCGCGAGGCCAGCAGGGUCGUCAUGGAAAACUGGUUUCACAUCUGACGCAUCUAAAUUGCCGGAGCACAACUAUUCCGAGCCGUGCAAGGAGUUUAAUAACCAACUUCAUAACCAGGAACGGCCAUUAGUGCACAAUAUCAGUGCCGUUGACCAACCGGGCCAGCGACAGUCCUUUUGCUCUCAAUCACGCCCAAAAGCAGAAUGGGCUUACCGUUAUGAGAAGUCCAUCUCAGAUGCUCCAUCCACCGACGGUAAGACAGCCGCAGGAGUGCAGACUGCGGUGGCUGUAGCGGUCGAUGUAGAGCAGGGAUAUCCUCGUGCCUCACGAUCGUGUAAGGGCAAGCGAUAUCGGGAAUUCAUGCACCAACAGUUUAAAAAUUCGUCAGUUUCGUCCGUGCGCAAAACGCAACAGAAACGUUCUACUCCUGCGACGACUCUUGGCACCUCGGUGAACUGUAUUGUUGCCCAAGACGCACACGGAGUGACCGACACAUGUGGUAUGAACGAUCCAAGUGCCUCUAGUAUGCUGCUUCCGGCGCAGGUGGAUUUUAACGCGUUGACAAAAGAGCUGGACGCCAAGAUUCACAACUUGCCGUGUAUGGAUAUAGCGGAUUUUCUUUCCAAGAAGAAGGAUGAAAAGAAGCGUAAGAAACCCUACGCUUUGUCUCCAAAAGCCUGGAAAAACAAAGUGCCAGCAUCCUCACUACCAAAGAAGAGCAUUCCUUUCCCGAUGGUAGCGGAGGCUGCCAGACCUGCUACCACACCGGUCGAACUUCCAACAAUCUCCGUCUCAUCGCCUCCGCCUCCUGUCGUUGUUCCCGCGGUGAUCACACAGUCACCUGCCAAAAUCGUUGGCUGCCGAAAGCGCAAAGCGCCGAAGGAAAACAUCACGCGUAAUCCCGAUCCAUCGGUGCUCGAACGGCAGCCUAUCAAAUGUGGUCCACCCGACAAUGGCUAUCAGCUGCCAUCAGCCAUCAUCAACAAGCUUUCGACUUCGACCUAG